AUGGGUAUGAAAGUGGCUGAUCUUCUGGAUAAAACUACCCUCGAAUGGGACAGAAUAAAAGUUCAUAACACACUUCCUGAGCUUGCAAAACAGGUUUUCUGUGUUAAGCCGAGUAAAGCUGGGGUAAAAAAUCGUGUUUGCAGGAUCCCAAAUAGCUCGAGAGAGUACACAACCAAAUCUGGAUAUUACACAGCAGAAGCACAACUCACGCAAUUGGAUGAAAGCCAGGUGAACCUAGAAUGGACGGCUGACAUUUGGAAAGGAGACUGCUCUCCGAAGCUAAAAGUAUUCAUAUGGCGUUGCGCACUCGAGGCUAUUGCAAUUGGUGAGAAUUUGAUGAAAAGAGGCAUAAACAUUAGCACUAGUUGUAUUCAUUUAGGGGUUGUGGAGAUUAUGGUUCAUCUACUGUUUCAUUGUCCAUACGCAAGACGAGUUUGGUCUCUAAUUCUUUUCAAGACCCCCUUUGAGCCACUGCAAAUUUCAGACCUCAAAACUAGACUCAAAGUAGGGAACAGUUUUGAUGCUCUGCCUCCGACAGGUGUAGCAGCUGGACCUCUUUUCCCUUGGAACACAUUCAGAGCAAGAUACAGUUACAAAAGUAGUUCGGGAGGCUCGCGAAUGGGGAAAAACGAGAGCAUGAAUCACCCCAACGCGGAAAUGGAGUAUAGCAGGAAGAGACGCUAA